CUUCCUGAUUGAGUAAGUAAAUUAGAGGCCAUGUGCCUCCCUUCUUCUUUCACUCUGCCUUUUUGAAAGCCGGAGUGACACAUCAGGAGAAACCUGACAAACUGCUACUUAAGUCAAGAUGUUCCUGUGCUGUUGGCUCACUCUGGGGGCUUUAAUCCCUGUGACUUUAAGCAUCAAUCCUGGAGUAAAGGUCAAGCUAACGGAAAAAGGUCUUGAAUAUGGCAGACAACUGGGGAUGGCUUCGAUCCAGCAGAGACUCAAAACCAUCAAAGUUCCAGAUUUUUCAGGGACACAGGAGGUGUCUCCCAUUGGCAAGGUCCAGUACAGCCUGUCAAAUAUGCAAAUAGUAGAUGUGGGAUUACCAAAGUCUGCGGUGGAUCUGGUGCCAGGGACUGGAGUCAGACUCUCCAUUGGUAACGCCUUCAUCAGUCUGCACGGAAACUGGAGGGUCAAGUACCUCAGAAUAAUAAAGGACAGCGGAUCUUUUGAUUUGAAAGUCGACGCACUCACUGUUACUACAAGUAUUGCCAUAAAGAGUGACGAGACAGGUCGACCUACAGUCAGUAGCGUCAACUGUGCAGCCAAUGUGGGCAGUGCGAGCAUCAAAUUCCACGGUGGAGCCAGCUGGCUGUACAAUCUCUUUAAAAACUUCAUUGAUAAGGCUUUACGUAAUGCACUGCAGAAACAGAUCUGCCCUCUGGUGGCUGAUGCUGUAUCUGAUUUGAACCCUCAGCUAAAAACUCUCAAUGUUGUAGCCAAGGUGGACCAGUACGCAGAGAUUGAAUAUUCCAUGGUGUCAUCACCCACAGUCUCCUCGUCUUCAAUAGACUUGAGCUUGAAGGGUGAAUUUUACAACAUUGGGAAGCAUCAGGAGCCUCCGUUCUCCCCCGCAGCCUUUUCUCUGCCACCCCAGAUCAACAACAUGUUGUACAUCGGCCUGUCUGCCUUCACCGCUGACUCUGCAGCCUUCGUCUACAACAGAGCUGGACUCCUCAGCCUGUACAUCACUGAUGAUAUGAUCCCAAAAGGCUCUCCCAUCCGACUCAACACCAAGACAUUUGGAGUCUUCAUCCCACAGGUUGCCAAGCGUUUCCCAGGUCUGAUGAUGAAACUGCUGGUGAAGACAGUGAAAAACCCUGUCAUCACUUUUGAAGCUAACAACGUGACCAUUCAGGCCACUGGCACAGUGACGGCCUACGCUAUCCAACCCAACGCCACACUUUCCCCUCUCUUUGUCCUGAACUUGGAGACUAGUGUCAGCGCCCAAGUGUUUGUCAGUGGAAUGAGGCUGGCUGGAGCUGUCAGCCUUAACGAAAUGGAUCUGACCCUAGAGACAAGUUAUGUGGGAGAGUUUCAGGUCAGAUCCCUCGACAACAUCCUCCAAAUGGUCCUCAAAGUGGUCGUGAUACCUAAACUGAACGUUCAACUUGCAAAGGGAUACCCACUUCCUACACUUGGAAAGAUGAAGCUUGUGAACACGCAGCUUCAGGUCCUGAAGGACUAUAUGCUGAUUGGGACAGAUGUUCAGUUCAGUGGUUAAACGGCAUUUCUGGAGACUCACAGGAUUUAUUUGUGCACGAGGACACGCCACCAUGAAGACACAAUCGCAGCCAGAGUUUUAUCUACCUGACAGAAAUUUCAAAGAAAAAACUGAAUAAUGUACAAAUAUUACUUCUCUACGAUCAAGAGAAAUGCAGAUCUCCUGUUUGCAUGUGGAUGUCACCUCAGGUUUUUAUCAUGUUUCGGUUUUUUUAUACUCUUUUUCUUUUAAAUGAAAACUCAGACCAGGUUCUCCACAUGAAUAAAUACACAUUUAAAUGUAGAUGGGGCAGUGAACUUUUCCAACAGGGUCACUGCAGUCAUGUCACAGUAGGACACAAUCUGCAGGACAGGAUCUGCUGCUGUCACCACAAUUAUCUUUUUGAAACAACAUGCUCCUUCCAAAGCAGAUCACAGCACUUUCUACUGCUGACUUUGGACAAAUUGCCUCUCAAAGCUUCUGACUCACAGAGCGAUUCUACAAAUGUGCUGAUCUAUGAUAUUAUUACUGCAGUUUGGAGAGUCCUACAAAAUAUGCUGUGACAUCAAUCAAGUACCAGACAAAACAAAUCAGUCAUAGCUGUAUGUGUGAAACAAACAUAAUUUACAUCAUCCAAACUGGUUUCAGCAUCUUAGGCCUGUUUACACCUGCUAUUAACAUGCGUCCUGGGUGAUUGGAUCACAAGCGAACAGCUCAAAGUACAGGUGUGAAUGCACUCAAACAAUCUAGAGUUUCAGUCACUCAGACCACAUUCCAACUGUCUCUGACGCUGAGCUCACACUCCUGUAGCAGUAAUCUCCUAGCUCUAUGGAGGUGGCGGGACCAGGGGACGCGCUUGUCUUCUGGUCUUUGCAGAUGGAAAUGAUUUACAUGUUUGUCUGCAUGCAGAGCAGGGAAGUUAGAUACAGUCUCAAGUGUGCACGUGAGACGCAUGUGGAGACACACUCUAAUGGCAGGUGUAAACAGACAGAUAUAGAGCAGCUGUCCACUUGUGAUCCAAGCGCCCAAGACGCAUGAUAACACCAGUUGUAAACGGGGCCUUAGGCUGCAUUCACAACAAAUCAGGUGUUGAGGCGAUUAGCUGCAGGCUUGUGCAGUGUUUUGGGAGUGUCACUUAAAUGGUAUAUUUGUGGGGAAGUGGAGGGUGAAAGCCAUCCCCCCAUCUAAGCGGGUAUUUGUCUUUGUCAAGUUUGUUAAUGUUUGCCUGGGGAUCUGUAGAAUUUCUUUUGAUUAUCAUUACUGUUGUGAAUUUAUUGCUACAAAAGACACACAUGCGCAAACACAAACAAAGCGAGUGUUCUCCUUUGUAGCACUGUAGCUGUUACACAUUCUUUAUUUCUUUUACUCACUUAAAUAUAUUUAACAAUAGAAAGACACUUUAUUUCUUGCUCCUGUGGACUGCAGGCAACAUUUGGUCUGAUGGCCGCGUAUGUGAGUGGCCACUGCAGCGUGAUGUCGGAUAGAGUUUCUCCAAAAUAAUGUUGUCAUUCUUAUAACUCAUCACCCUAUGUGACUGUAAGGUGACCAACAUUCCCAUAAACAGCCUCCAUGUUGCUUCAGUGUCAUUCAAGAGAGGGCAGAGUGCUAGUUUUCCCAAACACUAACAGUUUGUUUCUUGUGGUGUCACCUGUGUCAAUCAACAUGUUUCAAUCAUGGCUGAGUCUGAGUCCACAUGUUCAUCUAGCUGGUGCCUUGGCAGAGUCUCACAGUGCUUCACGGAGCCGUUCAGGGAGCUGUGACUGAGGGCCCGGCCUCUCAGGCUCUGUGAGUUGGCCGCCAGUAUCUAUAUAACAGACACAAAACAUCAAAGAGAGAAGGAUUAAAUGAUGAACUCUUUGUGAAGUGACAGAUAAUGCCUUAUUAAAGCUCCUGACUGUGAUGAAAAAUUGUUGAAAUGAUGUCCUCCUCUGCCACUGACUGGCAGGAAAACGUCUCUUCAUAGUAGAAUAGGUACCUUGUCCUUUUUACAUGACUGUUGGUGUGUCACAGGAAGACACGAGUUUUACAUUGUUGUAUUAAAGGUGUGCCUGCAUCUGAACACCUGUGAUGGAUGUUUCAUUUUAGGUACUUGAGAAACAUGUUUUUCAUCUCCAUUUUCAAGUUAAUGUUCCUGAUAUUCAAAACAGAGCCUGAUUAUUACAAUAGUUUUGAGAGCAAAAGCACCUUUAAUAUUUGAGAUAACAAUGCAUCAACUUAUAUUAGUUUUUCAACAUAAAAACACAAUUUAAAUUAAACGGGCACUCGGACAACACAGACCCCCGCCGAGGCCAAAUGCCCUAUCUUGCAGGGUUUACCAGAGUGAAAAAUAAUCAGUGUAUCCGCCUCAUUAUUUAGAUACAAAAUUAAAUGGAUUCUUCCUCAGCUCACGCUACAUCCUUCCACCAAGUUUCCUGAAAUCGGGCCAGUGGCUUUUCUGUAAUCCUGCUGAAAAAUAAACCAAAUACAUAAC